AGUUUCGAAUCGAACCCCAGCCAGCACGGUCGGUUGUACCCAUAAAAAAAAAGAAAACGAAACAACGAAUCAGAAUGCAAAACGAUAAAUUCGCUGCACCACCGGCAGGCUUCACCUCGGCACCGCCACAGCCGGGAUAUCCGCAGCCCGAACCAGCACAGACCUACCCACAGCCAGGAUACCCACCACAGGGUUAUCCGCAGCCACAGCCGGGUUAUCAACCACAGCCGGGUUAUCCGCCAGCUGGUGGCUACCCACAGCCAGGAUAUCCACAGCCCGGUUUUGUGCAGCAGGGAAAUCCACCACAGUUCUAUGGACAGGGCCAACCGCCACCACCUGUCCAUAACUAUGGUGUGAUGCCGCCACAUCAUCCACCGCAUCAGGAUGGAACAACCACUGUGGUGCCGCCCACCGGUUGCUUCAGUCGCAAUCAAAGGAACAAGCCGCAAUCGAAUGCUGUGGGUGCUGCUGGUCUAAUCUUCAUCUCGGGUGGCAUGAAUAUUGCGUGGUGCAUUGGCUUCCGUGGUCCGAUCUUCUACUCAAGCACGCUGCACAAUUAUAUUGCCUGGUUCAUUGCGGCCAUCAUUGGAGCGGUUAUCAGCUGCUUCCUUACUAACAGAAUACCCAAGAAGUUUAUCUUGCUUUUUAGUGCACUUUUGGUGACCAUUGGAGGCGUUGUCAUGGGCGCCAUACGCGACAAUGGUGGAGCAGUUGUGGCUGCCUCGUAUCUGGAUGGCAUUGGCAAUGGAUUGGUGUUUGCUCCGUUCGUGGCGUUGGCAGGGGAGGUGUCCGUACCGUACAUGCGCGGCAUGGUCACGGCCAGCCUCGAGCAGAUGUGCUUCUGCAUUGGCAUCUUUCUGCAGAUCAUCUACACGAGCUCCUGGACAUAUUCACCCUAUACCUCGUCCAGCAGCUUUACGGCGGAGAAUUUGAAGGGAAUACUGAGUGCAAUCUACGGACUGUUGGCCCUGGGUUUCGGCGCCUUCAUGUGCAUUGAAUCGCCGGUAAUAACGCUAGCCAAGGGUGACGAACCGGGCGCAAUUGAUGCGCUGCGACGCCUGCAGCGACCUUAUACACUGACCAACGACACCUACGAGCAGCUGGCAGAGCACAAGAGAUAUCUAGCCCAUAACAAGGACAUUUCCACUAGCCAGAGCAUCAUGCAGGCACUGCCAGCGUUCCUGCGGCUCACCUAUCUGCGUGCCAUGAAUGCCCUCAGCAUAUCGUACUUCGUGAUCAUUGUGCUGACUGUUGCCAUUUUGUCAAACUAUCGCGGAGGUUCGGCGACUGGCUGGCUGGUUGGAUUCGCCAUCUGCCGCUGGAUUGGCAACUUCAUUUCCACCUUCAUCAUGGAGUCCGUCGGCCGCAAGAAGCCCCUGCUGCUGGGCCUGCUCGUCUGCAGCUGUCUGGCCUUUGCCAUUGGCUCCAAGUACAGUCUGUACUAUGGCAUGAGCGGCGUCACGAUCCUAUUACUGAUCUUCCAGGUGUUUGCUGGCAUGGCGUUCGUGUCCACAUCGCCGUACCUAUCGGAGGCCUAUCCGCUGGGCGUUAAGCAACACUUUAUCGCCUUCACCUUCAUCGCUGAGAUGAUCGUGUUCAUCAUUGUAUCCUCGGCACGCUUCAAUAUAUACGAUGGCGCCAACUACUUCUAUGUUGUCGGUGGAUUGUAUCUAUUUGGCUUUCUCGCUGGAAUCUUCUGUCUGCCCGAGACACGUCUGACCACGCUGCGCGGUGCCCAGGAGAAGUUCAACGGAUUCAUCAAUAGAUCUUUCUAACGGAAUAAACACCAAAGUGGUUUGUUUUACGAUUAGGGAGAGGGAGAGUGUGGGGUCUUAGUCAAACCAAAGAUAAUAAAUAUUUAUGGCCUCGCGCA